AGACCAGACCCCACCUCAGGCCAAACCUCCCUCAGGCCAGACCGCCCCUCAGGCCAGACUUAAAUGUGAUUAAUUUUUUUCUUGUUCCUUGUAACUGUUUCAGUACUGUCUCUUAUGUAUGUCCAAGUAUUUUUUUUCCCCUCCUCUUUACUGUGUAGUCACAAUAUGUGCUCCUUCCUUAGGUUUGGGUGUUUUCCCUCAUUCCUUGUUGAGUCUCCCCAGUGCUGUUAGGUAGUGUCAGGUUACUCUACCUUGAGGCCGUCUGUGCCUUCUUUACCUCUAAACCCACUACAAAUAGCCAAACUGCUUUGGUUGAAAUUUUCCAAAACAAAAAUUCAGCCCAACCUUGUACAGAUGUUCAGACUGAGUGAUUUAAGACCUCCGGUCUCUAGCAGAAUAGAUGCAAAUAUUGAGGAGCCUCUGCCUUUCAGGAGUUGUAGGAGGGUUUUCUUGUUCUAGGUGUAUUGUAAACUGCACUUCAGGGUACUUUAAUUUGCUGUGUUAAACAGAUUGGCAAAAUUUAACUCCUAUCCAUUUUUUAAAUGGCCGCCUUGGUGGAAAACCUUACAAAUGGGGGAUAACCAAUCUGGCAGUGUGUUGAGUGCUUUGUGAAGGUGACUGAAGGAGAUGUACACUGCAUCCACAUUUGAGUGUAGAUUUACAGCAGUGGCCUUUGCUUUCCUUCUUCCCCUUUCCCUUCUCAUGUUCAGCCUAAACCUCAUGGAUUUUUGAGGCGGCUUUGCCAUUGCCUUCCCUGGUGUCCGCUUUAAAAGCCCUGUGUCGGACCUGGCUUGCAAGGCUAAGAAUGAGUCUGGGUGUGUCUAAGGGGUCUUUCAGUAGCAAGUGCUGGUGGACUCAGGCGCGGCCGCUUUGGGAGGAGUUCCAGUGGAGUGCUGCCCUCCCGUUUUGUUCCUUACAACCGAGCUUUUUGCAGCCUCGCUGGGGGUGCCCCGGGAGUCCGGCUGCCGCAGGUGGAGUUCUUCACAGAGCUGUCCCUAGGAGCUCCCUUCCUCGGAGUCUUGAUUCAAAAGGUGAAAUGUCAACAAAAGUGCCAAACGUUAAACUGAAAAUUGAUCCUCGGAAUCUGCAGAUCCAGACAUUUACAGUGGAGAAAUUACUGGAACCACUGAUAAUUCAGGUUACAACAUUAGUGAACUGUCCACAGAAUCCUUCCAGUAAGAAAAAGGGCCGUUCCAAAAGAGCUCGUGUCUUGCUUGCUUCUGUGGAAGAAGCCACUCGGAAUCUGUUGGACAAGGGAGAAAAAAUUGCCAAGGAAGCAGUUGUGUUUAAAGAGGAGCUGCACGCAGCUCUCGCUGAUGUGCGGAAAGAGAGUCAGGCCCUGCAGGUGUCAGCAGAGGCGUUCACCAGUGAUCCCUGCUCCCUGCCCAGGAGGCAGGCUGUUGUCCCAGCCGCUCGCUCCCUGCUGGCCGCUGUCACCAGGCUCCUGGUUCUGGCCGACAUGGUGGACGUGGCCUAUCUGCUGCAGCACCUGACUGUGUUUCAAAAAACAUUUGAAUCUUUAAGAAAUGUAUCCAGUAAAUCUGAUCUACAAAAAACCUACCAAAAGUUUCAAAAAGAUCUGGAAAAUCUUGAUUACUUGGCAUACAAACGUCAGCAGGAUUUGAAAUCUAGCAAUCAGCGAGAUGAAAUUGCUGCAGCACGUGUAUCCCUGAAGGAAAAUUCUGCUUUCCUGCAUUCAAUAUGUUCAGCUUGUUUGGAACAUUCAGAUGUUGCAUCCCUUACAGCCAGCAAGGAUUCAAUUUGCAAUGAAAUACAGAAUGCUCUCAAUGUAAUUUCUAAUGCUUCCCAAGGAGUUGGAAAUAAAGUGGAGGAACCUGCAUCUCGCACAGCUACUCUUGGAAGUGCACUUGAUGAGCUUGAGAAUUUGAUAGUCCUGGAUCCUCUGGUAGUGAACGAAGAGAAGGUGAGGCCGUCCCUGGAGCAGCGGCUGGAGGCAAUCAUCAGCGGGGCGGCACUGCUGGCCGACUCCUCGUGCACGCGGGACUCGCACCGCGAGCGCAUCAUCGCCGAGUGCAGUGCCAUCCGCCAGGCCCUGCAGGAGCUGCUGGCCGAGUACCUGCGCUCCACUGACAAGGCAGAGAGAAGCAACGCCCUGAAUGUUGCCAUAGAUGGUAUGUGCAAGAAGACCAGAGACCUCCGCAGACAGCUCCGGAAAGCCAUUAUAGAUCACAUCUCAGACUCCUUCUUGGACACCACUGUUCCACUGCUAGUUCUCAUUGAAGCUGCUAAAAAUGGAAGAGAGAAAGAAAUAAAGGAAUAUGCUGCUAUAUUUCGAGAACAUACCAACAGGCUUGUGGAGGUUGCCAAUCUUGCUUGUUCGUUGUCAACAAAUGAAGAUGGAACGAAAAUUGUCCAAAUGGCAGCGAAUCACAUCGAGACUUUGUGCCCACAGGUUAUUAAUGCUGCUUUAGCUCUUGCUGCCAGACCAAAAAGUCAAGUUGUGAAAAACAACAUGGAGAUGUAUAGGAGUUCAUGGGAGAAUCACAUCCGUGUUCUUACUGAAGCUGUGGAUGACAUAACAAGUAUUGAUGAUUUCCUUGCUGUAUCAGAGAGCCACAUCCUGGAGGACGUGAACCGCUGCAUCGUGGCGCUGCGGGAGCAGGACGCCGAGGGCCUGGACCGCGCCGCGGGCGCCAUUCGCGGCCGCGCCGCCAGGGUGGCGCACGUCGUGGCCGGGGAGAUGGACAGCUACGAGCCAGGAGCGUACACCCAGGGGGUCAUGGGGCACGUGCAGCAUCUCUCCGGGGCUGUGAUUCCAGAGUUUAUUAGUCAAGUAAAUAUUGCAUUGGAGAGCUUAAGCAAGAACACAGUGCAUCUGUUUGAUGACAACCAGUUUGUUGACAUUUCCAAGAAGGUGUAUGAUACGAUUCACAGCAUCAGGUGCUCGGUCAUGAUGAUUCGGACGCCCGAGGAGCUGAAGGAUGUGUCCGACCUUGAGGAGGAGCACGACGCACGCAGCCGGACCAGCGUCCAGACCGAGGGCAAGACUGACCGGAGUUCUGAAGACAGUUUUGUGAAUGCAUGGACAAAAAUGUCUGAGAUUAAGGCCAAGAUGACUCAGCUGCCAGAAGCUGAAAAGGAAAAGAUAGCUGAGCAAGUGGCUGACUUCAAAAAAGUCAAGAGUAAGCUUGAUGCAGAGAUUGAGAUCUGGGAUGAUACCAGCAAUGACAUAAUUGUUCUGGCCAAGAGGAUGUGUGUGAUUAUGAUGGAGAUGACUGACUUCACAAGGGGAAGAGGCCCACUGAAGCACACGUCCGAUGUCAUCAACGCCGCCAAGGUGAUCUCGGAGUCGGGCUCGCGCAUGGACGUCCUGGCGCGGCUCAUCGCUGACCAGUGCCCAGACCAGUCGUGCAAACAGGAUUUACUAGCUUACCUAGAACAGAUCAAGCUCUACUCCCAUCAGCUCAAGAUCUGCAGCCAGGUUAAAGCAGAAAUCCAGAAUCUCGGUGGAGAGCUCAUCAUGUCUGCACUGGACAGCGUCACUUCACUAAUUCAGGCCGCCAAAAACCUAAUGAAUUCUGUGGUGCAGACAGUGAAGAUGUCCUAUAUUGCAUCCACAAAGAUUAUCAAGAUUCAGAGUCCUACUGGCCCACGACAUCCAGUUGUGAUGUGGAGAAUGAAGGCUCCAGAGAAGAAGCCCCUGAUUAAAAGAGAGAAGCCAGAAGAAAUCUAUGCUGCUAUCAGAAAAGGUUCUGCAAAGAAGAGAAUCCAUCCUGUGCAAGUCAUGAGUGAAUUCAGAGGCAGAGAAAUAGUCUGAUAUUUUGUCACUAUGUUUUCCUAUCUUGAAUUUCCCAUGAUUUUUCAUCUUUUCCCCCACUUACUUAAUAAUUAUAUAUGUCAACGUUUUGCUCUAAAUCUGUAAGAUAACACUUGCUUAAAUUAUUUGAAAAUGCUGUUGGAUUAGUUAGAAGCACCCAGCUGAAAAUAAUACCAAUUCUCCUGCCGUGACAAGCUCUGGUGUCUCUGCCUAAUUUCUGUCUAAUUUCUAGGCAGCUGGGCCCAUGCUGCAGUGGGGAGGGAACAAUGUGCCAAGUGUCCAAGCCAGCCUGCAGUCACCAGGGCUUAGGAGCUCCCUCAGCAGGGCUGGGAGAGGCCUCACUGCAGUGGCUCUGUUUUGUGACACACAGGAUUUCUAACUGGUGCUGUUGGGCAUUGUCACCCUGUGACCAGGUCAGCUGGGCUGCCCAGCUGAGCCCGGAGUCUGAGCCCUAAACCUGGGUCCAGACUGCAGCAUCCAAAGACUUGUCCUUGGCCAAGACCAUGCCUUGCAAAUGUAAGCUUGAAAAUGUUAGAUGAAACUCCCAAAGUGUUGGAACAACCCGGAUGUAAUGAUGUAGUAAAGAAAGCACUGACUGCAAGCCAGCAGGGGUGACAGCUCUUUAGAAGGCCUUCAGAAAUAUGAACAGGAAUCUCUUCUGCUCCCUGCUCUCUUCUGUGAGAGAAGAUCUGAUGGCUGUUGUAUUUAGCAGUUCAGAUAAAUCAGACAUUAACUAGAAAAAACUUUCCUGAUUACUGCACAAAAGAAGAACUUUGAAAUAAAUCAUUAUUCUGAGA